ACGGGCAAUCUUCUGCUGAUUGUCAAUUCGCGCCGUGGGGCUGUUUCAGCCCUCGGUCUGGCCCCCACGACUCUGCAUCGCCUCGUUUCACACUCAACCUUUCAAUUGUCGCCAUUCCCCGGACUCGGCCCAAUUUCACGGCAAUUCGACGAGCCGGUGAAUGACACUUCAGAGUUCAAAUGCUGCCACCAGGUUCACGGGUUUCUUGGGCUCUCGACGCCGUCUGAGAGGCUCAUUAAACUCGCGGCCUCGCAGAGAGGCAAGAGGAGGAGGAGGAGGAGGAGGAGGAGGAUGAAGAGGCAGAAGAUUCGGGGAGUUGGUGCCAACCGUAGACUACCUGCUCCCUUUUCUGAAGAAUCGUCUUCAGGACAUGGUUCUCGUUUCCACGGCGGGUUGCUGCCGUUGUGUGGUAGCGGGUUGAGCAGCGGGCCCUUUCACGAUGCAGACACACCUUCAAUGGUGCCUUCAAGACCCGGUACCGGCCGCACAACCGCCAGCUAG